AUGGGUCACGACAUUUUGCCUCCGUUCAUUCAUCCCGCAUCGAUGGCCCUUAGCGAUGAUAGUGAUAUGGAGCCCUUAGCGAACUGUCUCAGCCUAAUGCAUAUGCUGGGCGGUGGCUUCCGGGGAAGUCGCAAAUUGCUUUGGCGGAACGUCCGAAGCGAAAGUGAGCGCAUGCGGGAACAGCAAGCGGGCGUGAAUGAAUGGCAACUGCUUGCUGCCAUGCAAGCUCUUUCACUUUACAUCCUCAUGAGACUGCAGGAAGGAGAGACGGAGCACAAUAACUGCGACAGUCUGAUGCUCGCGACAUUCAUGAUGAUAGCUGGGGGAUUCGCUCGCACUGGUUCAAAAUGUGACGUUGAGAGAGUCAUGUCCGAACAUUGUCUCAAGACAAGCUGGCGAGUCUGGGUCUUGUUAGAAUCGAGAAGAAGUGGCAUGUGUCAGUUGCAAAACGAUCUCAUUACCGCUCCGUUACCGUCCAAGAAAUAUAUAUGGGAAGCGGACAACAAACACAACUGGCAUGACGGGAUCAAAGGGAAAGCUGAGCUUCAAGAGAACUUUGCGCUAACGGCUGGUGGUGCGAUUGUCCAGUUGAAGGAAGAACAGUCCUACUGCAACGGAAAGUUGCAGUACGGAACUAUCGGUGAUACAGCCGCAGCUCCUGUCACAACAAGCUGGGAGACUUGA